AUGGGCAAACCACUGAGCCGGCCAGACUGUUUACGGCAGAACCGCACUUGUCUGGGGAAGGGUGAGGAGGAGGAUGGUUAUAUAGAGGAUUGCUAUGUGCCCCAGAGGUCGAUAUACGACACAAUGAGAAUUAACGAGCAAAUCGAUCAGGGAUCGAAGCUCAACCAGCUUUCUAAGAGCACCCUCGGCAAGGGGGAUGGCAGCACCAUAUCCAGCAACGGGACGCUGGGAGCUGCCAACGUCUUUGAGUCCAGGGCGCCAGAAACGAAGAAGUUGGACGAGCGAGUCAUCUUCGAUGCGCUGAAGCUCAGCAGCGAUGUCUCCAAACCAGCACCGGCUCCGCCAAGGAGACGACCGAACCCCGAGAGGAAGGAGAACGUCAACCGGCGGUCGUGGAAAUCCUUCAUGCCGCCAAACUUCACUGAAUUUGCGGAAAGAAUGGGGGCUUCACUGAGCGAGGUGUCGGAAGCGGGCGCCUCCAACCCUUCCCUGCGGGAUAAGCGGGAGUCAAGUGCCAUGCUCGCCGAGCGCCCAGGCCAGCCCGACCAUGGUGAGCCCAUGUCCGAGUCUCUCACCUUGGAGCACGUCUCCAAGUCAUCUGGUGUGGCAGAGGCUCUAUUGGCCAAGCAGUUCGGCGCAGACAGCUAUGGUGGUCCCCGGGAUGAGCGCCAGCCCCUGCUGAGCGACGGCGGUGGUCGCGUCGGGGACCUGGCCAGGGCUCACCGGCUCCCCAGUGCCACCUGGCCACGAGCCAGGAAGAAUUUCAUCAAGGGAAGCCUCAGCGAUGGGCACCAGGAGACCCUGGAGGCCUCCGAAUCGGACUGUACGGUGGAGAACGUCAACCUCUCUCCGUGCCUUAGCGAAGAGCUGCUGGAUGCGGGACUGGAUAUUCUCAUCACCUCCAAUCUCAGGGAGAAAACGGAGUCUGAACUGAGAUUUGAGGAGGAUGAGCGCUGGGUGAUGAUGGAGGAGUGGGAGGAGGCGACACUGUCAGAGAGAGGAAAGGCUGUUUUGGUGGCAGAGGAGAAAAAGAGCUGUUGCUUGGCAGAUAUUUCUGAAGAAAGGGAACAAUUUUCUGCUCCGGCAGACAGCUCUGCCCCCAGCCCGGAGACCUCCCGGUCCUGCACGUCCCCGGGGGGUGCCGGCAGCCCCCUCACCGGCACCACGUGCUGUACCGAGGACGUGGCGGUGCAGUGCGAGGUCGAGGACUUCGCUCCAGGUUCGGAGCGCUCAGCCAGCCCCACGGGCCCCGAGUUGUCCGACACGGACUCGGUGCAGAUGUUCCUGGAGCUGGAAGAGCAGUGCCUGAACGAGGACGAGGGCGAUGGGGUUGUCCUUGCCCACGUGGAGGUUCAGGUCUCCCUGAUGGACUCGGAGGGGCUGGACCCAGAUUCAGCCAAACUGGCCGGGGCGGUGGUCGAAGCGUGUCAGCCUACAGCCCCUUUGGACAUCAGCGCUUCAGACUCUGCCGUGGUGUCAGAUCUGGAGGACUUUGAUGUCACCUGCAGCUCGCAGGUGCUGAGCAUGCUGGAGCCAGCGACAGAGCCUUUCUCGGAAAGGGACACCUCGGCCGUCACCCCGACGGACUCAGACGGAGGGGCCUCACCCAGCCCCGUGGCCGUGGUGGGACCGGGCUCCCUCCGGCAGUGCUCUCCAGCACCAGUGGAGGAGGAUGAUGCACCUGACCCACUGGUGGACCCAGAGCUCGUGGACGAUUGCGUGGUGGCGGUGCUGGUGGCUGGUGGUAUGUCAUCUCCUGAGAUGGGCACACAUCCAGCCUCUGGCUUGGAGGGAGCUGGUUACCCCAGCGCUCUGGUGGGGUGGGGUGAAGAUAACCGAGACUCGCUAGUUCCUGGUGGUGAAGUAGUGCAGCUUCCCAAGGAGAUCUGUCCCAGCCGAGCAUCUCCCUGCCAGCCCCCAGCUCCCGACACAGCGGCAGAGGAGCCACAGUCCUCCCCACAGCACAGCGAAGCCAGUGUCGAGGGGACAGACCUACCCAGGAACCAUCACCUUCUGCCUGGAAGGACUGAGCUGUCUAACUGGGAUGUCCCAGAACUGGUUUCUGAGGAGGAGGCCACAGAUUUAGGAUCAGAGAGCGAUGGAGCCGAGGGCCAGACUCAUCUGUCAGAAUGCGGGGAUGCUCACCGUGGCUCUCUGCCUCCUUUCCACACUGGCUCUGCAUCAGAGCUGGGCUCCGAGGCGCCAGUGAUGUCGCGGGUGCCUGUUGAGGACCUCCCAUGGGAAACGGUUCCCCUCGGCCAGGGCCUGGCUCUGGAAGGGACUGCCCACACUGAGGGGUCCCCCGUGGAGGUGGCCGUCACGCACGGGGAGGCAGCGGCAGCCAUCCUGCAGCCGGGAGAUCUGGACUUGCUGUUUGCCUGCGGCUGGGAGGACUGGCCGGCAGCACGGUGCAGUACCGUGGUGUUAGCCACGGGGCAUCCAAGCGCGGAUGCUGAAGAACCGUGUAUUGAGCACCCACCACCAGAUGCCACCACCGCUGCCAUGCCCUUGGCGGCGGAAGAGCUUCUGGAUGCCCCACCACCGUUUGCUGAUGUGCCUGUUGCCACUGUGCCACCGCAAGCGGCCGACCCACUCGGUGUCAGGGAUCUCGGUGGUGGCCCUGCGCCGCUGGCAGUGGGGGAGCUGGUAGUGUCCUUGGGGGAUACAGAUGACUUUGCCAACAUAGUUGUGCUGCCCAUCCUGGAGCGCCUAUCCACCGAAGCACUGGCUUUGGAGGAUGACCCCAUUGUGAGAGCACCCGCAGCGGAGGCGGCAGCUUGGGACAGUGCCUCCAUGCCGCCGGGCACACCCCCCUCGGAAGGACCCACCACCCUAGAGCUGCACGUGCUGCUGGGUGCACCCUCCAUCGCAGCACCCACCACACAAACCCUCCCCGGGGCCGUGCCGGGGGACACCCUCCAUCCCCCCAGCCGCAGGGAUGCUCCUUCCCCGGCGCCCGGCGAGGGAGAGGUGCCCGCAGGCACGGAGGGACCCCCCGCCACCGCUCUCAUCGCAGAAGGGCCUCCUGCUCUACCAGAUGGAUUUGUUCCAGAUAACGAGCUGUUCCAGAAGGAGCAAGUGGAUCCUCUCCAGCUAAAACUACAGCAAGUCAAUGGAGUUGGUCAAGGACUCAUCCAAAGUGCCGGGAAAAACUGUGACGUCCAAGGGCUGGAGCAUGACAUGGAAGAAAUCAACACCCGCUGGAACACCCUCAACAAGAAGGUGGCCCAGAGAGUUGCUCAGCUGCAAGAGGCCCUGUUGCACUGCGGGAAGUUUCAGGACGCCCUGGAGCCGUUGCUGAGCUGGCUGGCGGACACCGAGGAGCUCAUCUCCAACCAGAAACCUCCCUCUGCGGAGUACAAGGUGGUGAAAGCCCAGAUCCAGGAGCAGAAGCUCCUCCAGCGACUCCUGGACGAUCGCAAAGCCACCGUUGAGAAAAAAAAAAAGGGCGGCCGGAUCGCGCAGUCGGCCGAGCCCGCGGAUCGGGAGAAGAUCGUGGGCCAGCUGGAGAGCCUGGAGCGCCGCUGGGCAGGGCUGCUGGGCAGGGCGGCUGGCAGGCAGAAGCAGCUGGAGGACAUCUUGGUCCUGGCGAAACAGUUCCACGAAACCACGGAGCCCGUGUCAGACUGGCUGUCAGUGACAGAGAAGAAACUGGCCAACUCGGAGCCCAUCGGUACCCAGACCGCCAAAAUCCAGCAGCAGAUCAGUCGGCACAAGGCUCUAGAGGAAGAGAUAGAAAGCCACGCGGCCGACGUGUCUCGGGCGGUCGGUGUCGGGCAGUCCCUCUCCUCCCUGAGCUGUGCCGCUGAGCGGAGGCUGCUGGCAGAGAAGCUAGACUCUCUGCAGACCCGCUACGGCGAGGUCCACGACCGGUGCUGCCGGAAGGCAGCGCUGCUGGAUCAGGCGCUGUCUAACGCCAGGCUCUUUGGGGAGGAGGAGGUGGAAGUGCUCAACUGGCUGGCUGAGGUCGAGGACAAGCUCAGCUCGGUAUCCGUAAAGGAUUACAAACGGGACGUCCUGCAGAAGCAGCAUGCCGACCAGCUGGCUUUGAACGAGGAAAUUGUGAACAGGAAGAAGAACGUGGACCAAGCCAUUAGAAACGGGCAAGCUCUUCUGAAGCAAACCACAGGGGAGGAGGUGUUGCUGAUCCAGGAGAAGCUGGAUGGAAUUAAGACCCGCUACUCGGACAUCACCGCUGCCAGCACCAAGGCGCUGCGCACGCUGGAGCAGGCUCGGCAGCUGGCCACCAAGUUCCAGUCCACGCACGAGGAGCUCACCGGCUGGAUGAGCAAAGUGGAGGACGAGCUGGCUUCCAGCGGGGGACAGUCCCCCUCCGGCGAGCAGAUACCCCAGUUCCAGCAGAGGCAAAAGGAGCUGAAGAAGGAGGUGAUGGAGCACAGGCUUGUCCUGGACACGGUGAACGAGGUGAGCCGAGCUCUCUUGGAGCUGGUUCCCUGGCGAGCCCGCGAAGGGCUGGAUAAACUCGUGUCGGACACCAACGAGCGCUACAAGCUGGUCAGCGACACCGUCAAGCAGAGGGUGGAAGAAAUCGAUGCUGCUAUUCAGAGGUCUCAACAGUACGAGCAGGCGGCCGACGCGGAGCUGGCCUGGGUGGCUGAGACCAAGAGGAAGCUGAUGGCUCUCGGUCCCAUCCGCCUGGAGCAGGACCAGACGACGGCUCAGCUGCAGGUGCAGAAGGCUUUUUCCAUCGACAUUAUUCGGCACAAAGACUCCAUGGAUGAACUGUUCAGCCAGCGCAAUGAGAUCUUUGGGACGUGUGGCGAGGAACAGAAAGCUGUGCUCCAGGAUAAAACAGAGUCCCUGGUGCAACAGUACGAAGCCGUGAGCCAGCUCAACUCGGAGCGCUACGCUCGCUUGGAGCGUGCCCAGGUUCUGGUCAACCAGUUCUGGGAGACCUAUGAGGAGCUGAACCCGUGGAUCGAGGAGACGCAAGCCCUCAUCUCCCAGCUGCCCCCUCCGGCCAUCGAUCACGAGCAGCUCAAGCAGCAGCAGGAGGACAUGAGGCAACUGCGAGAGUCCAUUGCUGAACAUAAGCCUCAUAUUGACAAGCUGCUGAAAAUCGGACCACAGCUCAAGGAUCUCAACCCCGAGGAAGGGGAGAUGGUGCAGAAAAAAUACUCGAUGGCUGAGGCCAUGUAUGCCAAAAUCAAGGAGGAGGUGUGUCAGCGGGCUCUUGCGCUCGACGAAGCUGUCUCGCAGUCCACCCAGUUCCACGAUAAGAUCGAGCCCAUGCUGGAGACGCUGGAGACCCUCUCCUCCCGCCUGCGCAUGCCACCCCUCAUCCCCGCUGAGGUCGAUAAGAUCCGGGAGUGCAUUAGCGAGAACAAGAACGCCACCGUGGAGCUGGAGAAGCUGCAGCCCUCCUUUGAGGCUUUGAAACGCCGCGGGGAAGAGCUGAUCGGCCGAUCGCAGGGAGCGGAUAAGGACCUGGCAGCAAAAGUAAUCCAUGAUAAGUUGGAUCAGAUGGUCUUCUUCUGGGAAGACAUCAAAGCUCGGGCGGAGGAACGUGAAAUGAAGUUCCUUGAUGUCCUGGAGCUCGCAGAGAAGUUCUGGUACGACAUGGCAGCCCUCCUGACUACCAUCAAAGACACGCAGGACAUUGUUCACGACCUGGAGAGCCCAGGCAUCGACCCCUCCAUCAUCAAGCAGCAGGUGGAAGCGGCAGAGACUAUUAAAGAGGAGACGGACGGCUUACAUGAAGAGCUGGAGUUCAUCCGACUCCUUGGAACUGAUUUAAUUUUUGCCUGUGGCGAAACUGAGAAACCAGAAGUGAAAAAGAGCAUUGAUGAGAUGAACAACGCGUGGGAAAAUCUAAACAAAACGUGGAAGGAGAGGCUUGAAAAGCUUGAAGAGGCCAUGCAGUCGGCUGUGCAAUACCAAGAUACGCUUCAAGCCAUGUUUGACUGGCUGGAUAACGCCGUGAUCAAACUCUGCAACAUGUCUCCCGUCGGCACGGACCUCAACACGGUGAAGGAGCAAAUGAACGAGAUGAAGGAGUUUAAAAUGGAGGUUUACCAGCAGCAGAUUGAAAUGGAAAAGCUUAAUCACCAAGGUGAACUGAUGCUAAAAAAAGCUACAGAUGAGACAGACAGAGACAUCAUAAAGGAACCACUGACAGAGCUGAAGCACCUCUGGGAGAAUUUGGGCGAGAAAAUUGCUCACAGACAGCAUAAGUUAGAAGCCGCUCUUCUGGCACUUGGCCAGUUCCAGCACGCGUUGGCGGAGCUGAUGGCCUGGCUGACCCACACCGAGGAGCUGCUCGACGCACAAAAACCCAUCAAUGGAGACCCAAAAGUCAUUGAGGUUGAACUCGCGAAGCACCAUGUGCUGAAGAACGACGUCCUGGCCCACCAAGCGACCGUGGAGACGGUGAACAAAGCGGGCAACGAGCUCCUGGAGUCGAGCGCAGGGGAUGACGCGAGCAGCCUGCGAAACCGCCUGGAGAAGCUGAAUUCUUGCUGGGAGUCGGUGCUGCAGAAGACGGAGGAGAGGGAGCAGCAGCUGCAGUCCACGCUCCAGCAGGCCCAGGGUUUCCAUGGUGAGAUUGAAGACUUCCUCCUGUGGCUAACGAGGAUGGAGAGCCAAUUGUCGGCAUCAAAACCCACAGGAGGUCUGCCAGAAACUGCCCGGGAGCAACUCAAUGCCCACAUGGAGCUGUACAGCCAGCUCAAAGCCAAGGAGGACCUCUACAGUCAGCUGCUGGCCAAGGGGCGACUGAUGCUGCUUAACCGCGACGACUCUGGCUCUGGCUCAAAGACGGAGCAGAGCGUAGCGCUGCUGGAGCAGAAAUGGUGUCUGGUCAGCACCAAGAUGGAAGAGAGAAAGGCGAAGCUGGAGGAAGCGCUGGCCCUGGCCACGGACUUCCAGAACUCCCUCCAGGACUUCAUCAACUGGCUCACGCUGGCCGAGCAGAGCCUGAACAUCGCACCCCCGGCCAGCCUCAUCCUCGCCGCCGUGCUGGCCCAGAUUGACGAGCACAAGGUGUUCGCCAACGAGGUGAAUGCUCAUCGGGACCGCAUCAUCGAGCUGGAUCAAACAGGGAACCAGCUGAAGUUUCUCAGUCAAAAGCAGGACGUGGUGUUGAUCAAGAACCUGCUGGUGAGCGUCCAGUCCCGCUGGGAGAAGGUCGUCCAGCGCUCGGUGGAGCGGGGAAGGGCUCUUGAUGAUGCCAGGAAGCGAGCGAAGCAGUUCCACGAAGCUUGGAAGAAACUGAUUGAUUGGCUGGAGGACGCAGAGAAUCACCUGGACUCGGAGCUGGAGAUUUCCAAUGAUCCUGAUAAAAUCAAGCUCCAGCUCUCGAAACACAAGGAGUUCCAGAAGACGCUGGGAGGGAAGCAGCCCGUCUACGACACCACCAUCAGAACAGGCAGAGCCCUCAAAGAAAAAGCCUUGCUUCCAGAUGACACUCAAAAGCUGGACAAUUUACUGGGAGAAGUCCGGGAUAAGUGGGACACAGUGUGCGGCAAAUCUGUGGAAAGGCAGCACAAGCUGGAAGAAGCCCUCUUGUUCUCUGGCCAGUUCAUGGAUGCGCUGCAGGCCUUGGUGGACUGGCUCUACAAGGUGGAACCCCAGUUAGCUGAAGACCAGCCUGUCCAUGGUGACCUGGAUCUGGUCAUGAACCUGAUGGAUGCUCACAAGGUCUUCCAGAAGGAGCUGGGGAAGCGCACGGGGACGGUGCAGGUGCUCAAACGCUCCGGCCGGGAGCUCAUCGAGAACAGCCGGGAUGACACAACCUGGGUGAAGGUGCAGCUGCAGGAGCUGAGCAACCGAUGGGACACGGUGUGCAAGCUGUCCGUGUCCAAACAAACCCGUCUGGAACAGGCCUUGAAGCAGGCAGAGGAGUUCCGGACGGCCGUGCACAUGCUGCUGGAGUGGCUCUCGGAGGCAGAGCAGUCCCUGCGCUUUCGGGGAGCGCUUCCCGACGACGCCGAAGCGUUGCAGUCCCUCAUUGACGCACACAAGGAGUUCAUGAAGAAAGUGGAGGAGAAGAGAGUGGACGUGAACGCGGCAGUGGGCAUGGGGGAGGUCAUCCUGGCCGCCUGCCAUCCCGACUGCAUCACCACGAUCAAACACUGGAUCACCAUCAUCCGAGCCAGGUUCGAGGAGGUUCUCACGUGGGCGAAGCAGCACCAGCAGAGACUGGAGUCUGCACUUUCCGAGCUGGUGGCGAACGCAGAGCUUCUGGAAGAGCUCCUGGCUUGGAUCCAGUGGGCUGAGACAACCCUGAUCCAGCGGGACCAGGAGCCCACGCCACAAAAUAUCGAUCAGGUCAAAGCCCUCAUCUCCGAACACCAGUCCUUUAUGGAGGAGAUGACACGGAAACAGCCAGACGUGGACCGGGUCACGAAGACGUACAAGAGGAAAGCUACGGAGCCCCCCCACGGACCUUUCAUCGAGAAGUCCCGCAGCAACAGAAAAUCCUUGAGUCAGGCCGCCCCUCCCAGUAUGCCCAUUAUCUCCCAGUCGGAAACAAAGAACCCACGGAUCAACCAGCUCUCGGCUCGCUGGCAGCAGGUCUGGCUGCGGCUGGAGCGGCAGCGGAAGCUCAACGAUGCCCUGGACAGACUGGAGGAGUUGAAGGAAUUUGCAAACUUUGACUUCGAUGUCUGGCGAAAGAAGUAUAUGCGCUGGAUGAACCACAAGAAAUCUCGGGUCAUGGACUUCUUCCGGCGCAUCGACAAAGACCAAGAUGGGAAGAUCACCCGGCAGGAGUUUAUCGAUGGCAUCCUGGCCUCUAAAUUCCCCACCACAAAGCUUGAAAUGACCGCGGUGGCCGACAUCUUUGACCGUGACGGUGACGGCUACAUUGAUUACUAUGAGUUUGUGGCUGCUCUCCAUCCCAACAAGGAUGCCUACCGCCCCACCACUGACGCCGACAAGAUCGAAGAUGAGGUCACCAGGCAAGUGGCCCAGUGCAAGUGUGCCAAGAGGUUUCAAGUGGAGCAGAUCGGCGAGAACAAAUACCGGUUCUUCCUCGGCAAUCAGUUCGGCGAUUCCCAGCAGCUGCGGCUGGUCCGUAUCCUGCGGAGCACGGUCAUGGUUCGUGUCGGUGGAGGAUGGAUGGCCCUGGAUGAAUUUUUAGUGAAGAACGAUCCUUGCAGAGCACGAGGACGGACCAACCUUGAACUCCGAGAGAAAUUCAUCUUGCCGGAGGGGGCCUCCCAGGGAAUGACACCGUUCCGAUCGCGAGGCCGAAGAUCAAAACCAUCCUCGCGGGCAGCCUCCCCGACGCGAUCCAGUUCCAGCGCCAGCCAGAGCAACCACAGCUGCGCCUCCAUGCAGUCCUCU